AUGUUGUACUCUGUAAUAACACCACACACUAAACAGUCAGUACUCAUUAUGGCACAAGCAAAGUUAAACAAUUCACGAUUUACGGAUAUUCGUGAUGAACCUAUCGACAAAUCACUUAUCCCUAUUAAAGGCUAUCACGAUAAACCAAUCGUGCCCUUAGCAGAAGCAAUCAAGCCUGUCGAGCAUUUGUUUGAAGAUUUACAAGAUUAUGUCAAAUUAUCUCUUCAUAAUUGUAAAAAGCCAGCUGAGGGUCUCACUCAGGACGAGGCUGCUUCGAUUCAACUCUAUACUAUUGAAUUUGACGGUGGUCCUAGUUUGUAUCAAGAACUAAAUGAUGCAUUACGUGCAGAAAAGCGAGAAAAUCUUAAGCCAUGGUUUAGUUACCUGAAAUUAUUUUUAACUGCGCUUUACAAACUGCCGUCAAAGACAGAGACCAUUUUUCGUGGAGUAAAACAUGUUGAUUUAAGCGACAAAUAUCCGACAGGAUUCAAAUUCGCAUGGUGGGGUGUCAGUUCAUGUACGACAACAGUCGAUGUAUUGAAGUCAGAGAAGUUUUUCGGAAAGAGUGGCAAAAGAACUCUACUUUCUAUUUCGUGCAUUAAUGCGAAAUCGAUCACAGCUCACUCGUACUACAGUGACACCGAAAAAGAAGUUAUUCUGAUGCCCGGUUCAUAUUUCGAGGUUGUUGGUCACCUGGAUGCGGCCAACGAUUUACACAUUAUUCAGUUGAAAGAGAUCGAACCACCAUACAUGCUACUAAAACCACCAUCUACGACCGCUGCAGGUGCUGGCUCCACUCAGCAUUAUCAGUCUAAACCGGUAGCAGACACAAAGGUUUCUUCAAAGACCUCUGCUGACAACAGUAUAUCAUCUGAAGGGGCAAAAGCAAUUGCAGAAGCCUUGACAAUAAACCAAAUAUUAACAACUCUUGAUAUAGCGUUGAACAAAAUAUCAGAUGAAGGCGCAAAAGCAAUUGCAGAAGCCUUGAAAACAAACAAAACAUUAACAAGUCUUGAUAUUAACAGCAACAAUAUAUCAGAUGAAGGUGCAAAAGCAAUUGCAGAAGCCUUGAAAAUAAACAAAACAUUAACAAUUCUGGAUAUAUCCAACAACAGUAUAUCAGAUGAAGUGGCAAAAGCAAUUGCAGAAGCCUUGAAAACAAACAAAACAUUAACAACUCUUCAUUUAUCACACAACAAUAUAUCAUCUGAAGGGGCAAAAGCAAUUGCAGAAGCCUUGACAACAAACCAAACAUUAACAACCCUUGAUAUUAACAGCAACAAUAUAUCAGAUGAAGGGGCAAAAGCAAUUGCAGUAGCCUUGAAAACAAACCAAGUAUUAACAACUCUUGAUAUAGCGUUGAACAAAAUAUCAGAUGAAGGCGCAAAAGCAAUUGCAGAAGCCUUGAAAACAAACCAAACAUUAACAAGUCUUUAUAUGUACAACAAUAAUAUAUCGGAUGAAGGUGCAAAAGCAAUUGCAGAAACCUUGAAAAAGAACAAACAAGGUGAUAGUCGGAAUCCUUGUGGAAAACUGCAUCUAGACAUGUGGCCUGGAGAUCAUACACCUAUGGCGUUUUCAAGUGUGUAAGGUGUUUCUGUAAUGUAUUGUACCGCAUGAGGGAAUGCGAGCACAAAAGAUGGGGGGUAAAAUUGUUUUUAAAACAAGAUUGUAUACCGGCUUUGAUGUUUCGUGAGCUGAUUCUAACUAUUACUAAUCAUCCUACUCUCUCAUAGUUCUUACUAAAAAUGAUUCACUUAAAGUACGGGAAUUAUUGCAUACAGUGGAACGACAUGAGAAGGAAAAGGAAAGCUUUUGUUUUAUUUUCCUGUAGAUAAAAAUAUAUACAUGAUAACCCACCCAGGUCCAAGAAAACGGCACCGUUAACGGGCCGUUAAAUGGUUGUUAACGGUAAGUUAACGUGCCGUAAAUGGACCGUUUUUAGUUCCUAAACGGACCGUUUUCAGAACCUAAAACUCGUAACAUUUUAGGGUCUUAAAUAAAUCGUUUUUUCACCGUUUACGGAUCGUUUUCUAAACGUUUUCUUACCAUUUACUGGCCGUUUUUUUGUUGUUUUGAGAACGUUAAUGGGCCGUUUUUUAGAAGUUAUAUUAACUCCUAAAAAAUUUUCCUUCGACAUUGUGAUAUUGACUUAUCUGUCGCAUUAACCCUUUCUCACUAAUCGAUCUAAUCUAGGUACUAGACUAUACACAUCAUCUAUCUAACGCCACUAUAAUUUUUUUCCUUACUUGAAAAUAUCGAGAUUCGAACAUCAGAACUUGUGUUUGCCAGUCUGUCACUGUAACUAUAUGGUCAUGUCGGUUCGAAAACUAACGCUAUCAAAGUGCUAUUCAAGCUUGCAAGCUGACGUACUACUUUACAUACAAUUUAUUCCAGUGCAUCUACUAUUUAGACCGUUUUUCACAUACAUGAUCAGAGAUGCUUUUGACCGUAAACAGGCCAUUAACGGCUAGUUAACGGACCGUUUUUCGGCCGUUUUUUAGGACUUUAUGCUAAAGUGAUUUUUGAAUGUUUCAUGACACAUAGAGUACUUGGGGGUAAUUAGAGACACUCCUGGAAAUUUCGUUCUGUUUUUGCCAUUUCUUGACCGUUUUUGAUCGGAAAACCUUGCUAUUGAACAUGGUGGUAGGCCGAACGUUUUUCUACACGCUCGUGUAAAAAUCUUUUAAAAAUCUUCGACCAGUUUUGAGCCAAAUCCAGGAGAUAAUUAGUUUAAAAAUACGUAAUUUCAUGCCCGGACUUCUCUCUAUGUACCAUAUUAUUUUGAGCUCAUUAUCAUUUAAAGUCGUUCAGCU